CAUCAUCAUCAUCUAGAAAGUGUUUGAGAUGAGGUCUUGUGUGCAGUUGAUAAGCAAACGUAAACAUCCCCGUCUCUGUCAUCGACAUCGUCUUUUCGUUAUACUGCAUCAAUAGGUUGAGUCUGGUUCACGCUACUCCGGCCGUCGCCUUCUUUCCGCAACCUUUUCUAUAAACUGGUGUCCCCUCCUGUUAUCCUCGCCUCACCACUCCCUUUUGCUUCUCCUCGGAUUCUUCCCUUUUUCCAUGCUCCCAAACGUGCGGCGGCUCUCCUGAAGGAGAAGCAAGGGAAGUGCUUACAACGUAAAUGAGUCACAAGCCGAGUCUUGUAAGGUUUGGAGCUCUCAGGCUGCCCCCUGGGUUUAGGUUCCAUCCCACUGAUGAAGACCUAGUCGUUCAGUACCUCAAGAGGAAGGUCUUCUCCUGCCCAUUGCCAGCUUCUAUCAUUCCUGAGAUCGAUCUCGGGAAGUACGAUCCAUGGAACUUGCCUGGUGCAUUAAUGGAAGGCGAUGAGAGGUAUUGCUUCAACCGUAGAGAGGCGAAAUAUCCCAAUGGGAAGCGAUCAAACCGGGCGGCGAGAUCCGGCUACUGGAAGGCCAGGGGGAAGGACAAGCAGAUCGUAGCUUCUGGGUGCAACCAAGUGGUGGGGAUGAGAAGGGUUUUGGUCUUCUACCGCGGAAAACCUCCUACCAGCUCUCCAACCGACUGGAUGAUGCAUGAGUAUCGCCUGGCCGGCUCUGAUGGCAGAAGCUUGGUCUACCCGCAGAGGAAGAACUCAACUCAUGGUUUGAUGAUUCCAAGCCAAGACUGGGUGCUUUGUCGCAUUUUUAAGAGGAGAAGAGCCCCCAUAGUCGUCGACGAGGAGGAGGACAUCAUUACAAACGACGUCACUGAUUUCAGAGAUUUCAUGGACGAGAGAGAGGGUGAUCCGACACCAUCUUCAUCCUCUUCGCCUGAGAAGAGCUGUGUCACCGAGCUGUUUGAUGAAUCUAGCAGAGGAGAGGAAACUAAUUCACCUCCCUGAGGUUGUUGUAUCGGAUUUUAGAGUCUUCUUACUUCCUUCCUUGGAGACCAGAUGAUAUUAAACUUGAGCUGUUAACUCUAGGAUUUGAAGUAUCCAUCUUCUCUCCUAGUGCUUCUUCCUGGAUCUAGCCACAUGUUCCAAUAAUUGAUCGAAUCUUUAUCCUUGCGUUCUUACUCUGUGUAACAUCCUGGAAGUCGAGUGAACAUGACAAGGAAGACAAUACACUUAAUGCCUUGGUACUGUUGCGUGUGCAGAGACGAUGCUGUCGAAGGCAGAUGGCUUUACAUGCAACAAGGAGGAUGUGAUGCUGCAGAAAGAGAACAAAAGCUGAAAGGGAGGCAUACGUCCAGGUAGGUUUGUGGAUAAGAUGCUGCCUCUAGCCAUCGUUUAACUCGACAAGAAAGAAGACCAAAUCGCAUCAAAAAAUGAAACCUACGCCAUGAAGGUAGUCAUUGUUAAGCUGCAGUUCUUAUUUGGAACAAGAAUGUCAUACUAAUAUUAUCUUAUGGACUCUUUUCUCACAAAGAAAA